AUGAGGUAUGGAGCACAAUGGAACAUUUUUAAGGACGAACAAUGCCAUCAGACUGGGUCAGUUGCAUCAUCAUUCUUUUACUCAUUUAAUAUUGUCAUGGCCACAGAUAAUUUAUGUGCCGGGAAUCAGAGUAUGAAAUACUUCCGCGAAAAUGAAAAAUGCAAAACGAGAACUAUAAUAGAACAACCAAAAAAAUUCCAUCAAAGGAGGCUUGAAAAUAAGACAAGUGGUGAAUAA